UCAUGCCUUUUUUCGAAAGAAAGAAAAGCUUCUUAUCUGGUGCUGUGGUGUAUUUCCUUCGCCAAUAAUUAGGCUCGCUCCGACCAACAGAAAAAUAAUUAGGCUUGGGGGCAGCUGUUGGGCAGGUCACGGCCUUCUGAUGCGAACAGAGCCGUGUGGUGGUUGCACGAAGAACAGCUUAAAAACCCUAGCCUGUAAUCGAGAGGAAAUCUCCCUCUGCCCUCUACGUUUUUUUACUGUACAGAGUCGAUCGAUCAUCAAUCUCUAUAGGUCUUGAAGACAAGGAACUGCAGUUUGGGGCAAUUGUUGCAGCUAAAUUCCUUAUCUUUGAAGACUCAUUUGAUUCUAUUUGUAGAAUCAUGGGUGAUGGACUGCCUAUAUUCAUUGUAGGACUUUGAAUCCCCUAUCACAAAGUUUAGUAUAUCGGGGGUUUAGUCUGAAAUUUCCCUCCAAAAAUGAUUUACAUUUUGGGACUCUGAAUUGAGCUUUUCAAGCCUGCAAAAUUCUGAGACUGGAUCACAUAGGGCCUGGCAGGAGAAGAGACUGUUGUGUAGGGGGAGGAAGAGGGAGAGAGAAAAGGUGCUUUGGUGGAACUGAUUUAUGCCAAAGGGUGGUUUGUAUUGAAAGAAAGGCUGAGCAGAGUUUCACGGCUUUAGAGCUUCACUUCUCUUCCACUUUGCAUACCAGUUUCUGAAGUUCUGUUUGUAGAGAAAAUUUUUUUGUGGGUAUUUCCCUCUAGUUUUUCUGACGAUGGCACAGGAAAGCUGGAAAAAGGAGACUGAUGAAACUGAAUGUCAGACACCAGAAGGCCCAAUCUUGUGCGCAAACAAUUGUGGCUUCUUUGGAAGUGCAGCCACCAACAACUUUUGUUCCAAGUGCUACGGAGAUCUUUUCAUGAAGCAGAAGCAGCAGCAACAAAUACUCAAGGCAACUCCAGUCAUUCCUGUUGCUCACGAGAUGCCUAUAAAAUUCACUUUGGUUCAACAAGAACCUGUUUUAGAAAAGGUGGAUAGCGUGGGAGAAGGCUGUGGACUGAAAGAAGGUUCCUUCUUGUGUCAGGAGGCUGCUUAUCUGCCUCCAAACCAUUGCAUGUCUUGCCGAAAACGUGUUGGUCUGACUGGGUUCAAGUGCCGAUGUGGUGGGAUAUUUUGUGCAUUUCACCGAUACUCUGAGAAGCAUGAGUGCUCGUUUGACUACAAGAGUGCUGGCCGGGAUGCCAUAGCUAAGGCAAACCCUGUUGUGAAGGCGGAGAAGAUUGAGAAAAUCUGACUGCUGGAUUUGAUCUGUGAUAAUGGUGAUUCAGAGAAAAGUAUGAGAAGGUAAAUGACCUUUCUCUGAUUUGUUUUCUCCAAUAUCAGAUACCUUAUGUAAGGGUAUAUCUGCAGAAAAUGGAAAGGAAUUAAAACAGGCAGGUGGAGAGUCGCAGAAAGGUUAUUUUUUCCCGUUUAUUUUGGGGGCAGAGGUGGGUUUCUGUGCCAGGGGAGAGCAGAUAGCAUAUUGCCAUGGUUGUGAACCUCGCUCAACUGAAUGGUUGUGUUUAGUUAAAAUAGCAGUUUCCAUGGGAUGAUAUGUUAUAAAUGAUCUCUGUUUAUGUGUAUUUGAAGGUUUGUGAUUGGGCAUGAUGCUUGGAAUGUGUUUGUUAUUCUAUCAAUUGUGUUUAUUGUUCAAAAGUUGGAAGGCCAGAAUUGGUCAUGCUUUGCGCUGAAGGAUCAGGAGGACAAAUUUGGGGGAAAUAGGGAAUGGCUUUGGAUCUUCUAAUAAGUCCACGUUUGAAAAUUUGUUCUUGUCCUUCCUCUGUUUUGCCCCUUGCCCUUGGCUUUCCUCUGUAUUUUAGGGUUAUGACUGCAAUUACAGAGUCUAACUCCAUUUUGUAUCCUGGAAGUUAUGAAUGGUUUAGCAGUUGGAAGAUGUAGAAACGUAAGUUGGCUAGUGAUUAAAAUCAUUGUUUUUUUGCUGUUUUGCAGGAUCAGGCACUACCAUGUAAUUCUAAAAUAUAAGAUAUGCACAGUUAUUGCUUUGCCUUA